UGCGCAGUUGAGCUGACGGUUUCGUUGAUGUUUGAACAUGUCGCACAGGAAAGAAAGAAAAAAAGUGCAAGUGAUUUCAAAACGAACAUCAGAAGGAAUUUGUGGCGUUCAAUGCAGCUAUGGUGUAUCAAGACUCCAAGGCAAGAGGCCAAGUAUGGAAGACAGAACUCUUAUUUUGCCAAUGGUUACUUCGAGCAUGGCAGUGUUUGGUGUAUUUGAUGGACAUGAUGGAGCUCAAGCUGCCGAAUUUACUAUCAGAAAACUAACAUUAGUUUUUGAAGAUUUGCUCUCUGAAGUGUGGUCAGGCCCAGAGGAAUUGUUCAAGAGGUUGAUGGAGGAAAUUGACAAUAAAUUUUGUGCAGUUGCUGUGUCUAAACGUAUCUACAGUGGUACAACAGCGCUCAUUACAGUCAUUGUGCAGGCAGAGAAUGGAGAUAGGAGACUUGUUGUUUCCAAUGUUGGAGACAGUCGUGCAUUUCUGUGUGUUCAAGGAAAAGCUAAAUCUGUGUCAAUUUGUCAUAAGCCAGAGAUGGAAGUUGGUAGGAUUACUGAUGCUGGGGGAUGGUUAUGUGAGGAAAGGGAGAUGACGCAGCUAGGGGAAUGUGUUACGUGGCGGCUAAAUGGUGGAUUGUCACUGUCGAGAGCUAUUGGUGAUGUAGAGUACAAGAGAUUGAAGAAUGUGUAUGCAAAAAGUGCGGGAUGUGAUUGGGACUUUCCCUCUGGUCAUAGCAAGAAUUUUGCUGCCGAUCUUGUUAUUGCAGAACCAGAUGUGUAUGUACAUGAUGUAAGUCCAAAGGAUGAGUUCAUUAUCUUAGCAUCUGAUGGACUAUGGGAUGUAAUAGAUGGAGAAAGAGCAGUAAUGCAAGCAUGCUCUAUGCUACAUGAUGGUUGCAGUGCUCAGAUUAUAGCUGAGAGACUGGCAGAGGAAGCGAUAACAUUAGGAUCAUUGGACAACGUGACUGUGCUAAUUGUAAUGUUUUGGCAAUGAAACAAAAACAUGAAUGGCGGGAAGAUUGCAUAUGUUCUCACAUUUUGAAACAA